AUAAGGCCUCCUGCAUGAAUUGGAACAUUUCCGGGGUUAAAAGUAAAUCCGAAAUAUGAAUAGUAAUCGCAUUCUGCUCAUCGCUUAACUAUGGCAAUGGCGUUGUAGGCUGCAUUGUCAAUCUCUCUAGAACUCUGAUUUGCACUGUAGCGGAGUCCACGUUUCCUUCCACUCCAUAACGACACCAUCAAACAAGUGAACAAACAAGAACCCAUAAUCAUGGCGCCAUCCACCAUCCACCAAGUCCCCAAAGCCAUCUACCGACGCCUCGGUGCCUCCGGCCUACGCGUUUCCGUGCCCAUCCUCGGCGCAAUGUCCCUCGGCGACGCGCGCUGGCAACCCUGGGUGCUCGAAGAAUCCGAAGCCCUGCCGCUCCUGAAAGCCGCCUAUGAUCGAGGCAUCACGACUUGGGACACAGCCAACGUCUACAGCAACGGACGCUCCGAAGAACUCAUUGCCGCCGCGAUCGCAAAAUACUCCCUCCCGCGCCACAAACUCGUCCUGCUGACCAAAUGCUGCGGGACGGUGCGCGAGGGCAACGAUCCCGAGACGUUGGCGCUCAAAGACAUCGAUAACACGGCGGAUUACAUCAACCAGAGGGGUUUGUCCCGCGCGGGGAUUUUCAAUGCCGUCGAGGCGAGUCUGAAGAGGCUGGGGACGGAUUACAUCGAUUUGUUGCAGAUCCAUCGGUUUGAUAAGACCGUGCCGAUCGAGGAGACGAUGAAGGCGCUGCAUGAUCUUGUGCAGAGUGGCAAGGUGAGGUACAUCGGUGCGAGUAGCAUGUGGGCGACGCAGUUUGCGAGGAUGCAGUGGUGUGCGGAGAAACAUGGGUGGACGAAGUUUAUUAGCAUGCAAAACUGUUACCACCUCCUCUACCGCGAAGAAGAGCGCGAAAUGAUCCGCUUCUGCCACGAAACCGGCGUCGGACUCAUCCCCUGGGGACCGCUCGCUCACGGCGCGCUCGCGCGACCGCUCACCUCCGCCAGCAGCACCAUCCGCUCCGAGAACCAGCCCGCGCCGAGCGACGCCGACGCCGAGAUCAUCGGACGCGUGAGCGAAAUUGCGGAGAAGAAAAGUUGGCCGAUGAGCCAUGUCGCGCUGGCGUGGAUCAAUGCGAGGAUCGCGAGUCCGAUUAUCGGGUUUAGUAGUGUGGAGCGGAUGGAGGAGGCUAUUGCGGCGAAUGGGAAGGUUUUGACGGUGGAGGAGGAAGCGUUCUUGGAGGAGAAGUACCGAGCUAAGGAGGUUUUUGGCUUUGAUACUUCGAGGCCGCAUGUUAGGAUCCAUGAGUGAGUGAUGAGAAUUGUGGCUGGGUAUGAGAUGGAAGGGGAUGUGGAUG